AAGGAAGCCGACAGGGACCUGAGCUAGGCCAAUCAGCGGCCACAAGGAAGAGUGCGGAAAGGCCCGCCCGCCUGAUCCUGCGAGUGACGUUCGGUGGCCCUGAGCUGGUGGCGUAGCCGUCCGCCCUCCUUCGUCUCGUCCGCUUGCUUGGACGCGUCCUGCUUCGGCGCUGGCCCUGCGGCCAUUUUGAGCUUCGCUUCCACCAGCCAGCCGGCCCAGCCCUUCCGGGGUCGCUUAGCUGAGGAGCUUUUCCACGGUCAGUCUCUCCUGGCAAGUCGCCGCCGCCGCCGCCGCGGAAGGGCUUCUAUCUAUGGUGGAGAGGGCUGGAGAGGACUAGGACACCUCCUUUCCGCCAGGAUGGAUGUCGCCUCGGCCGCCGCGUCCUGUGCCCGCCGUUCCGGACUGUGGUCUGCCGCCCGCGGCCGAAGCCGCUCUCCUCUGUGGCUCUUCUGUUGGCCCGGAGAUCGGCCUGGGGCAUCAACUCCGCCGCUGGGCAAGGCUGAGACUCUGUAGGCCUUUUGGAGUCCCUCCCGGCCGCCCGCCGCUGAGCUCCGCUUUCCUCCCUCAGAGACUUGCCGAGAACGCGGAGAUGGAGCCGGCAGCAGACGCAUCGCGGGAACGGGCCGCCCCGCGGGCGGACUCCCGGUUCCGGCUGCCCUUCUUCUUCCCUCGGCGCUCGCGACCAGGCACUUCCAAGUUCCCCGCACCUCCUGCCCCGGAACACUCCGGGGAUCUCAAACUGGCUUCUUGUCCCCCGCCCGAGGCUCGGCGCAGCUCGUGGAUGCAGCUGCUUUCCCAACUCUUUGCGCCGCUCCCCGGCUUGCUUCAGAAGCUGCUCAUCUGGAGCCAGCUUUUCGGUGGGAUGAUUCCGACCAGAUGGCUAGAUUUUGCUGGAGGCUACAGCGUGCUGAGAGCCCUGAGGGCCCGGGAGGAACCCGACGCCCCCACAGCGCCGAAAUCUCUGAGUUCGCUGCGGCUAGAUCCCUCGGCUGACGCGGCCGUCGUUCCCCUCGAUUGGCUAGAGGAGGGCAUCCACUGGCAGUGCUCGUCCUCAGAUCUAAAAUUGGAACUUAAAGCCAAGGGAGGAACUUUGGACUCCGCAGCCCACGCUUUUCUCCUAGAGCAGCAGCUGUGGGGAGUGGAGCUCCAAGCCAAUCUGUUCUCCGGCCGGGAACUUGGCCCUUCGCCCUCCGGGCCUCUCAACGUUCAGCGCUUAAGCAGUGCCAACGUCGUCUCCUAUUUGCUGAACCCCUCCUAUCUGGACUGCCUGCCCCGGGUAGAGCUGAGCUAUCAGAGCAGCGUUGGAAGUGGCGAGCUGGUCGAUUUCCAGGCGCUGAGCCCAGAAAGCGGCUGCCUGGAUGAGGUCCCGUCUCAUCCCCAGCCGCUCAACGCGGAGAUGGCUUGCGUCUCGUUGCAGGGAUGUGCGCCUCUCUCUAGAGAAGGGCUGCCCGAAAUCCACCAUCUUCGCAUGAAGCGACUGGAAUUCCUUCAGCAGGCCAGCAAGGGCCAAGCGUUACCCACCCCUGACCAAGAUCAUGGCUACCACAGCCUGGAGGAAGAGCACAGCCUGCUCCGGAUGGAUCUGAAGCACCGCAGAGAUAGUGCAACACAGUGUGUUCCCGCUGCUGGAGCCGGUCCCGGCACCGCUCAGGAACCCACUGAGGAGAAGGUAGAAUUGUUGACUAAAGAGGUUCCCCUUGCUUUGGAGAGACAGGGCACCUCGGAAGGCUGUCUAUCUUGUGAGGUUCCUACGGAGCAGGAGCCUGGAGAGGACCAAAUAAGUGUAAUUGACUCCUCAGACAUAGACGAUGACCUUCCCAUUUCUGCCAGACCAGCCUGUAGCAACAAAUUGAUAGAUUACAUUUUGGGAGGUGCAGCCAGUGACCUGGAAACAAGUUCUGAUUCAGAAGGUGAGGAUUGGGAUGACGGCGCUGAGGAUGAUGGUUUUGAUAGCGAUAGCUCACUCUCAGAAUCAGACCUUGAACAAGACUCAGAAGGGCUCCACCUUUGGAACUCUUUCUAUAGUGUCGAUCCUUAUAAUCCCCAAAACUUCACAGCAACAAUUCAGACUGCUGCCAAAAUUCUUCCCAGAGACCCUUCCGACUCAGAGACGGAUUUGUCUGACAAGUCUAAUCUAGAAAAUCCUCCCUGGACUGCAAGCCUUCCUGAGUCUCCUGACCAUAAUUCUGGGGAAGAAGAUGACUGGGAAUCUAGUGCAGAUGAAGCAGAGAGUCUCAAACUGUGGAAUUCUUUCUGUAAUUCCGAUGACCCCUACAACCUUCUAAAUUUUAAGGCUCCUUUUCAAACAUCAGGGAAAAAUUGGAAAGGCUGUCGAGCCUCAGAGAGGCCGUCUGAGUCUAUUGUGGCCAUUUCUGAGUGUCACAGCUUACUUUCCUGUAAGGUACAACUGUCAGGGAGCCGAAAAAGUGAAUGUCCAGACUUGGUACAGGGUGGGGUUCUUUCUGGAGCAAGACACACACAUAUCCAGAGAAAAAAGGUAACCUUCCUUGAAGAAGUUACUGAGUAUUAUAUAAGUGGUGAUGAGGAUCGAAAAGGACCAUGGGAAGAAUUUGCACGGGAUGGAUGCAGGUUCCAGAAACGAAUUCAAGAAACAGAAGACGCUAUUGGAUACUGCUUGACAUUUGAGCACAGAGAAAAAAUGUUUAAUAGACUCCAGGAAAUGUGCUUCAAAGGACUUAAUGUUUUCGAGCAAUGUUAAGAUGAUGUGACAGCCUCUGGCCUUAGCAAACACUACCUCUUACUUGAGAGGUUUCUUUUAAAAACAAAAAUUGGCAGCUGUCCUUUGACUUUUUUCUUAGAGGAUAUGCAACUUGGAUCCAGUGACCUAGUUUAGUAUUUUUUUUUUGCAACAUAUCCCACUCAGAAAUGUACAGGUUUGAAGCCAAGCCCUGAAAAUGAAGGAUGAGAUGGUGUGAUUUCUAAUCCUCCUUUUUUGUUCAGUUGGAUUUGUUUUUGAAUGUUGUUUGCUUGCUGAAGUGAAAAGGGGACCUCUUAAGGUGUAAUUUUGCACUUUGAAAACUUAUUUUCUUGGGAAACAAUAUUUAUAGGGUUUGAAGCCCAUUUUUCAUUCUAAUUUAAAUUACGUGUACCUUUCUAAAAACUUUGGGCUCUUUUUUCCCUCUGAACAUUCUGAAAUUAAUGGGCUGUUAUGUUUUCUCUAUAUUUUUUUAUUUCAGUAAUUUGGCCCUUCUACUUCAAGGCUAAGAAAAUAAUCUUGUAUAUACUACCAACUUAAAGUACAUUAUCUUGUGUCAUUGUGGUUUUUUUUCUUUCUUUCUAAAAGUGACUGGUUGAAAAUAUGUGGUGGGUUUUUAUUUCUAGAUUAAGCGCUACCUAGGAUAUUUCCAAGGACUGCCACAAAACCUUUAUGUGCAGUACUUUCUGUUACUUUGGGAAAGCUGCAUAUUUCUGCCAAAUUUUAACAUCUGAUAUACUUAAUUUCUGUGCAAACUCUUUUUUGAAGAAGGUUCUGUAUGUGUUAUUAUAGUUCCCACUUGGGUGGUUCUUUGUGUCUUCAAUAGGUAGAAAUUGUUGUAAAAGACUCCAGAAGUAAUAAUUGCAUCAUAGUUGCUUUUAAAUUUAAAAGCUUAGAAUUUUCCUAGGAAGAAGAUAGGAGACAUCUCAGAGCAAUUUGGUCUUGUUGUAUGUGCUCUCAAAAGAAAACCAGUGUUAUUAAUAUGCCUCAGCACCGUCACUUUUAAAACCUGUCAGGAUGGCACUGUGAACUUGGAAAUGGGCAGGUCUUAACUUUCCAGUUUGAAAUGUAAAAUGUAGACUUCAGUCAAUAUCCAAGUUUAUUGUGUUCUCCUUUUUUAAUAGGGAGAGAAGUAAUGGCAAGGCCUAUAGUUUCAGGAAAGAACUAUAGAUUUAACAAAUAGAAAGUCUUAAUAUCUUCAGCCCAAAGUUUACUUUUGUUUUUUUUUCCACUUGAAAAAAGCUGAUAUCUUUAAUAAACAAAAGUGACAAUGUUCAUUUUCCAAAGCAAACUGUUUUUGCAGUGACUGAUUGCGUUUGGUUUAUUUAGCUAGUUCUACAUGGUGUGCAUUUGUUAGGUUGGUUAACCAACUCCUUAAUGGUCUGUUUUUGUUUCAUGUGCCUCCUGUCACAGGUAAUGGAAAACAUGAAUAGAAUAGAUGACCUCUUAAUUUUGAACUUGUUUCAGAGUGGGGACAAAUUUUUCAUCAGAAGUGCUUGCAGGGUUACUACCUCAGUUUAUAAUCUACCUGGUCAUUAUUUUAUUUGUUUGGGUUGCUCUAAGAACUGCCUCUAGUGUUAAUAUGUAUAUAUAUAUUCAUACUUAAACACUGAGAGUACAAGUAAAAGUCAGAUUUUUGCAGAGCCCUUCUUCAAUGUGGUUUGUGCCCCUGCAUUUUAGGUAAUCACAGGGAAUGCAUUUAUAGAGUCUAGUGUAACAACAUGGAAAUAAGCUAAGUUUCAAACACCAGCUGUGUCAGUUGGAAAGAAGGUGUCACUUGCCUUGAAAAGAAAACUUUGAAAAUGUGUAGGCAUUCUUUUAAAACCAGACUGAAGUAUACUGUUUUCAGAGACUUAGGUUGUGUUUUGUGUUUCUGAAAUCUUGCACCUCUGCAUGUAUGAAAAUAAUGGGAUAUCUUUACAUUUACUGGAUUUUGGAGAAUUAUUCCCUUGAGAUUCCAGCCUCACUACCAAAUACGUAAAAGCUUGGUGAAGAGUUCUCCCAUUUACUACCCUCCUUUAAAAGAAGUGAUCAGGCGGUGAUAAGGACAAAAGGGACCAUUUUAAAGUUGGACAAGGGAAGAAACAGAAUUCUUACCAGUUUCAUUCCAAUUUUAGUUGUUAGAACAAAGUUAAACCUUCAGUCUUAAAAUCCUUAGAAGUUUUAACUGAACAUUUUACACACCUAAAAGUCUUGCAAUGGUGCUUUAAGUAUCAAUGUAGCAUAUGAAAGGCUUUGUACAGACAAGUAAAAUUUCCUUUUCUGAGUGUUCAAAUGUGAUAACACCAUCUCGUCAUCUUUAACUUGAAAUCAAAACUAUCAGAUUUUAUUUUUUUAUAAUUUAAGGAAGGUGAAGUUAGGGGACUAGAAGACAUCUAAAUUGGCUUCUACAGAUCCAAUGAUUUAAAUGUAACCAGUUUGUUGGGACUUUAUAGCUAAAAUUAUAUUUGUGUAUAUAACUGUUAGCUAAUCUGUAAAUUGUAAUAAAUAUAUUUGCAAUUUUUAAAUGUUACAAGAUAUUUUGGUUCAAUUUUAUAUUGUAUUUUACAUUAUUUUCAGUAUUACUGAGCAGGAUUUCCAGAAUUAAAUCUGGUGUUUUUGUAGAAGCACUGUAAACUUUAAAGGUGCUGCACAAAUUUAUGUGGUUUAAAAAGGUUAUGUGGGGCUUCCCUGGUGGCGCAGUGGUUGAGAGUCCGCCUGCUGAUGCAGGGGGCGCGGGUUCGUGCCCCCGUCCGGGAGGAUCCCAGGUGCCAUGGAACGGCUGGGCCCAUGAGCCAUGGCCGCUGAGCCUGCGCUCCGCAACGGGAGAGGCCACAGCGGUGAGAGGCCCGCGUACCGCAAAAAAAAAAAAAAAAAAAGGUUAUGUGACAUGGAAAUUACACCACAACUAACUGAAGUGGAAGGAAUGGUAAGGGGAUAAAUAUAAUUGUAAACCACAUUGUGGUAUUAGAAAAAAGAAUUUAGUUCUUAGCGUAUGAAAUGCCCUUCUUAGAGAAUGGGGGUUUGAUUCUAAAAUUGGCCCCAACUGUGUAUUUCUUCUGCAAAGAAAACAGUAAAAUUGUGGGCUUCCCUAGUGGUGCAGUGGUUAAGAAUCCGCCUGCUAAUGCAGGGGACACGAGUUCAAGCCCUGGGCCAGGAAGACCCCACAUGCCACGGAGCAACUGAGCCUGUGUGCCACAACUACUGAGGCCCUCACACCUGGAGCCCGUGCUCCACAAUGAGAGAAGCCACCGCAAUGAGAAGCCCGUGCACCGCAAUGAAGACCCAAUACAGCCAAAAAUAAAAACAAAUUUAUUUAAAAAAAAAAGAACAGUAAAAUAAACAGUAUUCACAGAAGCAGUAAAUUCAUAUUCUGGGAAUAGCAUAGUGUUUCUACUAAGUAUCAGGGAAUUCGGUUUCUUUAUUUUGUGCAUUAUUAUUAAUGAUAACCAUGGUAUUUGUAAGUCAUGAUGUUACCUCAUGAUAUUGAAUAAAUGUGAUGGUAACAUCAGAAAAAACAAACUUCUUAUCCUGAAAAAAAGACAUUUGGACUAUAGCAAGCCUGUUCAUGGACUAAGGCAUAAUAGCAUUCUUAAUUUAGGCAUUUGGAUCUUCCAAGCUAUUGAAAAAUUAUCAAAGGUGUAUUUCUGAACUAGAAAGAAAUUAACAUUUAGUUGCAGAUAAAUCAAUGUUUAGUACAGAUUGAAUUGAUGGCACAGGUUAUACUUCUAUUACCAUCUUGGGGUUAAUUUAAGCAUUUUUGGCUAUGUCUCCCCAGGAAGGGGAGAAAAUAUAAUAAUAGUCAUGUUUACACCAAGUCAGAUUUAUUGUUAAUGACUAUCCCGAUAUCCCUAUAGAAGUUGUGCUGUGUUUCUUUUUUGUUCUACUUUAAUUGAAAGUUUAAAGCAAAAAUUUAAUUGCUGACCUCAGAAAUGUUGAUAGUUACACACAGAUUUGGGAGUUUGUUGGUCUCAUUUGGAGACUUCCUUUGGACCCUCCUUUACCUUUUAAAAAUAAAAAUGGAAAUAUCUUCA